AUGCUUCCUCAGCCUGCUCUGAGGCUGGACGCCGGCUGUGACGAGGUGCAGAACAUCAGCAUCGCGCAGAAGGAGAGCAAUCUGGUGCUGGAGGACGUGGAAGAGGACGUGGAAGAGGACGUGGAAGAGGACGUGGAACAGGACGUGGAAGAGGACGUGGAACAGGACGUGGAACAGGACGUGGAACAGGACGUGGAAGAGGACGUGGAAGAGGUAGUGGAAGAGGAAAAGGACGAGAACAUUGACGACAAGCAGAAUGAGAAGAAGUUGGAAAGCAGAAACGCAGAGACCCAGGUGGAUCAAUCCCCUGAUCAAUCCCCUCCAGUGAUCGACAGCGUCAAGGAGGAGGCUGAAGAGGCGGGUCAGGACAACGUGGAGGAAAGGCUUCAGCAGCACCAGCUGGAGGAGGCUCGCGUCGCAGAGGAGAUCGCCAGGAUGGCAGCGGAGGAGGCCGUCCGGCAGCUGGAGGCGGAGCAGUCGGUUAAACUCGUUGUAGAGACAGUGCCAGUGUGCAACGAGCCACUACCCAACAUCCAGGAGGAGGAAAACGAGGAACCAAAGAGUCUGAAGGAGGUCAGUCCAGCUGAAGAAGAGACUCCUCCUCCGUCAACUCAUGUGGAGCCGGCAUUGGAGAAGAAAGAUCUGGAAAGUCCCGAACAGAUCAUCCCACAACCAGAGUCACAACCUCCAGAAACCCCCCCCACAGUCCAGGUCGAAGCUGCAGAAAGUGAAUGUGGAGUUCCAGAGGUUUGUAUCCCGAUAAAGAGCUUUCUGCUUCGGUUCUCGCUCGCUGCUGAGUGCCUGGAGCGCGGCAGGAAGUUGAUGCACGACCAUAACCUGGCCCUCCCCACGCUGUCCAUGCCGACCCCCCCUCUGGAUCUCGCCAUGCUGACCCAGGAGCUGCAGCAGCUUUCCUCACAGGCGCGGCAGUGCUGCACGAGAAGCGGUGCUCAGGGUUUGGGUGGAGCUCCAGUGCUGAGGGUGGAGGAUGUGGACUGGGAAGAAGGGCAGGAAACAAACCUGAACAUCCCCCAAAUUAUCACAACUCUAGAACCAGAGCUCAGCGCCCCUAUGUCACACCUCAGCGCUGCAGGUGAGGAAGAUGAUGCAGUGAUGAAGGCCGAUCGAGAGGACAAUGAGAUGCGUCCUCCGUCCUCACCGGGCGUGGGCAGCGUGUUGCUUCAGGAGCGUCUGCUGCAGCUGGUCCAGAUGUUCAAAGGUCGAGCGGAGCGUCAGAAGGAGCGUCUUCUGGACCUGGACGAGUCCGAGGAGGACAGUCCUCCAGCCACUCCGAGCAAAGCCCCCCCUCCUCCUCCUCCUCCUCCCCCUCCUCCAGAGGACCCGCCUGCAGAAGAAGAUGAAGAUGAAGAUGAAGAUGAGAAGGAGGAGUUUUUUCUCCCAUUUGACAUUUUGGGACAUCCGGUGAAAAUCCCCAAACUUCCCGUGAUGCCGGACUGGCUCCGAGCCGUCGCUGCGUACCGCUUCCCCUCCAGCAUCGACCAAUUCACCGAUCUGAUCUAUGUGAUCUGGCUGUUCUUCGUGGUGGCGGCGUGGAACUGGAACGUUUGGUUGAUCCCGGUGCGCUGGGCGUUCCCGUACCAAACCGCCGCUAACGUCCACCUGUGGCUGCUGGCCGACUACACCUGCGACUUCAUCUACAUCACCGACAUCCUCGUCUUCCAGCCGCGCCUGCAGUUCGUCCGCGCAGGAGACAUCGUGUGUGACAAAAAAGACAUGAGAGAAAACUACAUGAAGACGGAGAGAUUUAAGAUGGACGUCCUCAGUCUGUUUCCCCUGGAGAUUCUUUACUAUUUCACCGGAGUGAACUCCCUGCUCAGAUUCCCUCGUAUGCUGAAGUACAUGGCUUUCUUUGAGUUCAACGACCGAAUGGAGGCCGUGAUGAAGAAAGCGUACAUCUACAGGGUGAUCCGGACCUCCACCUACCUGCUAUACUCUCUGCACAUCAACGCCUGCCUCUUCUACGUGGGCUCCGACUACGAAGGACUGGGCUCAACCAAGUGGGUCUACGACGGAAAAGGCAACGCUUAUAUCCGCUGCUAUUACUUUGCGGUGAAGACGUUGAUCACCAUCGGAGGACUGCCGGACCCGACCACCGUCUUCGAGAUCUUCUUCCAGCUCAUCAACUACUUCGUCGGCGUCUUUGCGUUUUCCAUCAUGAUCGGGCAGAUGAGGGAUGUGGUCGGGGCAGCGACGGCCGGAGAGAAUUACUACCGAGCGACUAUGGACAGCACGAUGAAGUACAUGAACUCUUACAACAUCCCCGCACCCGUCCAGAACCGCAUCCGCACCUGGUACGAUUACACCUGGAAGAGCCAGGGCAUGCUGGAUGAACAGGAGCUCCUGGUGCAGCUUCCUGUAAAGAUGAGGCUGGACAUCGCUGUGGACGUCAACUACGCCAUCAUCAGUAAAGUGGCCCUGUUCCAGGGCUGUGACAGACAGAUGAUGUUCGACUUGCUGACGAGACUCAAAUCUGUCGUCUACCUGCCCGGAGACUUCGUCUGUGUGAAGGGGGAGAUAGGGCGUCAGAUGUACAUCAUCCAGCAGGGGGCGGUGCAGGUGGUGGGGGGUCCUGACCUGCAGACAGUAUUCGUCACCAUCAGAGCGGGCGCUGUGUUCGGGGAGAUCAGUUUGCUGGCGGGAGGCGGUGGGAACCGGCGCACGGCCGACGUGAGGGCGCACGGCUUCGCUAACCUCUUCAUCCUCGACAAGAAGGACCUGGCAGAGAUCCUGGUGCACUACCCCGAGUCACAGAAACUCCUCCGCAAGAAGGCCAAGAUGAUGCUGUCCAAGGACAAGAAGCCAGAAGAGAAGGUCAAAGAGGUCGUCCCGCCCCGAAAGGAAACCCCCAAAAUGUUCAGGGCGGCGCUGAAAAUGUCGCAGCAGCAAGGACUCCAGGGAUCCUUCUCCGCUCUGAGGAAGACCUUCAAAACCUCUGAAGGCACCUCAGAGGUUUCUCAGCUGCCCCCCCCCUCCCCGGUUCACCGGCGCUGUCCGAUCCCUCGCGUCACGGUGCAGGACGGAGAGGACGCCGUGUCGGAGACGCCCUCCAUCACCAUCCGGAUGACCCCCCGGCUGCAGGGCGAGGAGACGCUGUCUGUGGAGGUGCCCAGGAACGCCUGA